AUUUUUUUUUACUGUGUCUUGACUUCGAAAUUGCAAAGUAUAAACAUCAUCACAAAGAAUGCUUGAAAUUUUGGACAUUGACUUGCCGACUUAUCGAAGUUGAUUUUGUUCUUCUCAGCAGAUUGGACUCGACGGUUUACUUAAGUCAUGAUCAAAGGAAAUUAAUUGAGCAUUUCGUUUUGUUUUUUUUUUCUUGGGAUUAGGUGCCACUGUAACUCAUUUCCUGAACCGCCCUCCUCUUGCGAAAGCUGCAGCUCUCUGAUUUUCGGCUUCUGCUCGUGUUGGGAUUCGUUCAACAACUUCCGACUUUCAACCCAAACAGCUGCAGCAUUUGUAGGAGCUGAAGCUGGCCACUGUUGGAAAUUUUCCCACUAAUGCUGUUGUCCUUCACGUCGAUCACGUGAGGAAAGUAAGACAACUUGUACUGCAGAACGUUGCGUUGGUCGAGAUGUAGAUAGGCAGUUCGAGAACAUCACCGUCUACUUGAGGAGCAGUUUCUUCGGAUAACAACAUGGGAAGUACAGAGUUCCUUUGGAAAUUCACCCGAAAUUCGAUUGCCUCCUGAUGCUAAAACAAGGAGCCUCGGAAGAGCCCCCAACCAACUAGGAAUCGACUGGGUGAUCCUGUUAAAACUCAACAUCAAGACCCCUAGCUUCCUGAGCUUCGAUAAUCAUUGAGGUAUUUCACCGUUGAGCUCACAGCUACUCAAAUCCAGCAUUUGAAGAUUUUGGAACGCAUUGAAAUUAGCCAUUGCUUCAUCACUUGGAAUUUUCUCUCCCAGAUAAAAACUUGUCGAAAGGAGGAGUACCUUGAGACUUUUGCAGCACCAUUAGUAUCUUCAUUGCCCCUGUGAUAUUUGUCAAUCGGCUGGAGCUGAGAGAGAGGAAGGACAAGGAUUCGAGUGAAAGAAUCUCGGGCUGUAUCUGUCCCUCUAGAUUGUUUUUGCUCACUUGAAUUGCUUUUAGGGACUUGCAUGAGCAGAGACUAGUUGGCAAGAAACCGGUGAAGUAGAGUUAUGACCAAGAUCAAGUAUUGGUUUGCUCAGUAAGAUUGGAGAAGUUAAGUGUGGAGAUGCUUCCUUUGAAAAGGUUGAUACCGCGAUUCAGUUUGAUAAGGUUUGUGCAGUUCAUCAAAGAUGGGGGCAGAGAGCCUUUUAGACUGUUGAAUUGAAGGAACAGGAGUUGUAAUUUGGACAGCUUAGCAAUGUUAAUUUACAGGGAGAAAACCGCUCUAUCAAUUGGACUGGAGGUCAAGGAUUGCAUCUACACAGAGGAUUGCAUCCACAUGUUCUUCCGCGACCUCCUCCUCCUAUUCAACAACGCCAUCGUCUUCCGCAAUAACUCUCCGGAGCACAACGCAGCUCGAGAGCUCCGCUCCAUUGUGCUAAAGGAAAUGAACGACCAGCUCCCGAACCCACAACCCGCGACCAGAACAGUAACAUCUAACGUGCCCAAGAUCAAAACCAAAGCUCCCAAGAUCGAGCCCGAUGUCUCCGAGAAACCCACCAAGUCUUCCAUUGUUGUUUGUGGAAAGCGUGGUUCUGUCAAUGCACUAUCAGAAGGCGGUGAGAAAGCAAAGGUGGCGAAUGAGAAGAAGACGGAUGGUGCUGCAUCUGUGAAGGUUGAGGACAAGGGGAUUAGGAGGAGGAGGACACAAGAAAGAGGCGGGCGGAGAGGGACAAGCACGAGGGGCAGGAGUGCAGCGAAGCCGACGAAGCCGCACGAGUAUGGCGUCAAUGAACUCCGUUCGCAUGACGGUUUAGACGCGUUGGAAGCGGAGAAGGAGAAGAAAGAAAACAGGAGGAAGAAGCAAGGCGCAGCGAGGUUCUUGAAGCGAAUGAAGCAGAACUCACCGAGCACUGAAGUGAAGAAGGAGACAUCGGAUGGUUCUGAGGAUGAUAGCGAUGAGAGCGGGGACGAGAAGAAGAAGAAGAAGAAGAAGCCGACGACAAGGGGUAGGAAGAAGCCGGAGGUUGAGAGGAAUGAGAGGGUGACGCGGAGUUCAACAGGAAGCGGGGGAGGGAGGGGAGGGGGAAGAAGGUGUCAGGAGAGGAGAACAAUGGGAGGAAAAGGAGAGGGGUCGGGAGGCCACCGAAGAGGCCGGAGACUGUGGCGGCAGAAGCGGGGAGUAGGAAGAGAGGGAGAGAGAAUGGGGAGGCUGAUCAGGUGGGGAGUGCAGGGAGGCGGAGAAAGCGUACAAGGAGGUGAAUGCGGCCAUUGUUGUAGCUGUAAAUUAUUUUUGGCAUGGUUUGGGUUAAUUUCUGGUCUUGUUUUGUUGCUAAUGAAAGGUUUUUACAGUCCUUUUUUAACCUUUUUACCCAAGAGCGGUCAAAAGAAUUACUAGAGAGGGAUAGGGAGAGACAGAGAUAGAUGUGCUGUGAACUUGUAGAAUGUUUUGGGGUAUCUGAUUUUGCAUAUACAGAUCCUGAUGAGUAGCAUCAUUAGUGAGGACCUUUUUUGUUCUA